CAAUUAAUUUGGGUGUAAGUGAAGAUAAGUAGAAGUGAACAGAACUAGAAGGAAGAGGAGGCAGCAGCAGAGUUUGGUGAAGUAGUAUCUAAGCCUGAAUUACCAGAUAUGUACUUCCUCAGUCCUCAUUUCUUCUAAUUUGGGCGAAUUUUCUUGCUCGGCGUAUAUUUCCGGUGACAAUUGUAACACACAAACAAUGCAAGCAGCAUCUUUAUCUCAAACCUUCAUCGUAAAUCCAACUCCACAGCUGCAGGUGGCCAGAUGCAAGCAGAGAGUAGAUGAGUUCAUAAUCCCCACCAUGAAUUUUACACGUCUGCCUCCUUCAUGGAAGCUUAGACAUGCUGCAACAAAAAGGGAACACGUUAGAUGUCUUCCUAAUGCUGCCGUUUUAUCAGAUGCUGAAAUUACUUCUGCACAGUUCGAGGAGUUCUCUGUCUCUAAAGGUGACAUCAGUGAUUCUAAAGAACUAAAGAUAAGCAUAAAGGUAUCUGGAAGCAAAACUCAACAGAUCUUUGAUGAUGUCUUUGGGAAAAUGGUUGCAGCAGCACAACCAAUUCCGGGAUUCCGAAGAGUAAAAGGAGGAAAAACACCAAAUAUACCAAAAGAAAUUUUAUUAGAGGUGCUUGGGCCAUCAAGAGUGUACAAGGAAGUUAUCAAGAAAAUUAUCAACUCAACUGUAGCUGAGUAUGUGGAGAAGGAGCGGUUGAUGGUUAGCACUAACCUGAGAGUUGAGCAAAGCUUUGAAGAUCUUAAAAGUACCUUUGAAGAGGGACAACAAUUCAGCUUUGAUGCUGUGGUUCAGCUUCAAAAGUAGAAGCGAAUUGCAUCUGUUUAUUCACACUCCAUCUGUAUCUCCUUCAAUGUGAUAGUUUUCCAUCGUCACAAAAGAUUGUUAUUGUCAUAACUACAAUUCCAUCUACAAACAUUACAAUCUAAUGGAUGAAACUAAAACCAUAAAGAAGAACCCGGUGAAGUGUGAACUAACACAAAGCGAAUGAGAGAUUGCUAUGAGAUAAUUCUUGGAACAAUAAUGUAAUGAACAGAGCAACAGUAUAACACUAUAACACAAGCUUACUAUUUCAUGUA